AUGGACAACGUCAACUUCUUGCGGGUUCAGCUUUUUGUGUUCCGUUUGAUGGGCAUAAAUCUGCAUAAUCGUGAAAAGGACUUUUCCGCGUUUACAUCCUUUUUAAUCUUUGCAAUGGUAUCCUUCAAUGCACCCAUGGGUAAUAGCGUCAGACAAAAUCUGACAAAUGUAUCUAAUGUGUCGGACACUAUGGGAUCGGUGCUCGCAACCUCUCUGACAUUCACCAAAUAUUUGACCUUCUUCUAUUACCGCCGGGAGUUGGUCGAGCUUGUCAAUCGCAUACGUAGAAUAUUGAAUGCGGAAAUGGAAGCCUGGCCGCCGGCUUUUGAAAUUGUUGAGGCCGAGAAUCGGAGCGAUCAGCGGUUAAGUGGCCUCUACAUACGCUGCUUCAUAGCGGCGGGAGUGUUUGCUUCCGUCAAACCGUUGGUGACCAUGGGACUGGCUGUGAUGCGAACGGGCAGUACGAUGUUGGAGCUGCCGUAUGUGGCGCAGUAUCCUUGGGACAACCAAGUGGUGUACUUUUAUGUGCCCACCUAUGUGUGGAAUAUGCUGGUCGGAUACACGGCCGUCGUCAUGGCUCUGUGCAUGGACACUCUGCUCUUCGCGCUCAUCUACAAUGUGUGCGCCAUCUUCAGGGUGGCACAGCAACGGGCAAUCGCCUUGGGGGAGGUCAAGGGGACGGCCAAGGAGGAGUUCGAGAGCCUACUGCAGGUCUUGGAACUCCAUCAAACGGGACUGCGCAUUGCGGAGCAGCUGCUCAGCUACUUCCAGCCAUUGGUGUUCAUGCACUUUCUGGUUUCAGCUGUGAUGAUGUGCUUCGUGGGCUUUCAGGCGGCCGAUUGGUUUCCCAAGCCGCAGUUCAUUUACUUCAUGGCCUUUGUCAGCUCGCUCCUGAUUGCUGUCUUCAUCUACUCCUAUUGUGGCGAGCAUUUGAAGCACGAGAGCGCGGCAUUUGCCGAGGCCAUCUGCGAUAGUGCCUGGUAUAAGUUCUCGCCGGCCAGCAAGAAGGCGCUCCUUCUCGCCAUUAUGCGAUCUCAGCGACCCUGCGAGCUUCGGGGCUAUUUCUUUGAGGCCAACAUGGCGACCUUUUCGAUGAUCGUUCGCUCAACAGUGUCGUAUAUUAUGAUGUUGCGCUCAUUUAGAUAA